CGUCUUGCUGCCUUGGCGACGACGACGAUGCUGUUGCUGCUGCACUGACGGAUCCUCGCCAACCCAACGUCCGUCUCUCUUCUUUAGCUGGUUAGUGAGCAAGAUCCUCGACUCAUGAUUGCCAAACAAAGCUCGCUGAUAUGAAUUGGGACCACCCAAUCCACAGUUUCACGGAUCCCAAUGUCGAACUUCAGACCCCCACUAGAACUCCCACCGUCCACUCCUUCGAUGAUACCGCCUUCCAGACUCCAAAAUUUGAGUCGAGCUUCUACGAUCCCCGCAUAACUUGGAACACCGCAGAUCCCUAUGCCUCCAGCCCCGAACUUUCAAAAGCAGCGCAUCGCUUUGACCAGACGCCCAACCAGCGUGCCCAAAAUCCUCUCGAUCCCACAAUCUCCAGGCACAGGCAGAUAGACCAUGCUACGAGGGCCAUUGGUUCGGAUGAUGCCUCUACGGAUCAUGGAACAGCCGUCACCGACUCCAUUGACUCGGCCAAACGCUCUGCUGCUUCGAUGCAGACCCCGCCGCCCACAAGCACAAUCCGGAGAAAAAACCAGGACCGGAGCAACAAUGCCAACCUGAACCUCAGCACUCCCGUGCAGCCGACAUACACCGGCCAACCGCUCGAAACCCCCAGCCGUGUGGUCGGCUUUUCUCCAGGCUUGUUUGGCCUCCAGGAUUCCCCCGAUCCCUUUAACUUGUCCAGCAACCCAACGACUGCUUCUCCAUUCUUCUCUCGCCAUCAGAUGCCAUGGAACCACGAGUCCAAUGCUGCAGAAGCUGCUAUGGACAUUUCUGACGCGUAUGGAGAUCCAUUCGGCCCAUCUAACCCUGCCGAUUUGGACAUCUUCGAGUCCACUCGAGUGGGAGAUACAAAUCUAGACACUCUCCAAUUGCCGGUGGUGCAUGGGUCUGCUGCACUUGAUUCUCGUGCGAUGGCACAUGAGCCCUGUACGCUGGAGGCAAGCCAUGCCGCCUUGCACAGUUCAAUUGCAACAUCUCCUCGACCGCCCCCUCUUCACGGCGAAGACCCGUCUAUGUUUCUAAGUUCUCCGGCCCGACGGUUUGGAUAUUCAGAACCCAUCUUCUCCCCCCCACUUCGUCCCAGAGUAGAAACACGCCAACCGUAUCACUACCAGACAGAAGUGUCGGAGCGUGAAAGGAGGGACAAGGAACUCAAAAGAUUGCACCGUCCCAAAAGCUCUAGCCGGCGUCAAAAGACCGCUCGAGUAGAAAGUGCGUCAUACGUCCCUCAGGGAGCGACGGGUAAGCCCAUUGUAAAAAGGAGCGCCACUCAUUCCGGUGCACCACCGCUAUCCAGCAGUCGACAUCAAAGGCAAAGCUCGUUUUCGAGCGCAGGGCCUGUCAUUGGUGGUGGUGGCGUGAAGAAGACACCGUCCAAAGGCCGUACUUCACCGCUGAAGACCCAGCUCACGCCACUCGCCCACCCACCUCCCGCGUCACUGCCGGCUCCCAUGGAGUCGCUGGUCCUAAAGAUUUCAAAGGAUGGCCUUGCCACCACGGAGAUGAAGCUGAUCUCGGACUCACCCACUCGACUGCGGCCCGGUCUCCGAGACACAGUCUCUGGCGAGUCUUCUACCGAGAUCGAAUCAGACUCGUCCGAUGAAGAGCCAGAUUAUAUGAUUGCACAGAGCCAGAACCCAUCUUUUGCCUUUCCGGAUAAUACACUUCGUAGACCUGAUUUCGUCCGUGCACAGUCUACAUCUCGACCCCACUCAAAAGGCUCGUCGUAUUCGUCGGCAGCUGCCUCCAGUCAUUCAGGCCAACUCUCUCCAUGGACAGGAUCAACGCAUUCCAGACAAUCACAGCUUUCAUCCCAGCCGGAAGGUCGCAAUCAAAAGAGACGCCCGACACAGCCAGGCCCUAGCCAUUCACGCAGCCAAUCCAUGACGGAUUCAGAUGCUACUUACGAAGAAGAUGGCGCUGGAGAUGCUCAGCAUGCUCUCAUGCAAGUGCUUAAGGGUAGAAAGCGACAGUCUAGACCACCCGUUACGGGUAAACAAUCAGCCACGUCAUCUUUCCGCCCGUCCACAAUUUCCACCAUGCGCUCAUCACCUCCUUCGUAUGGUACUCGUCCACUCUCGCGGCCAGCCAGCAGCAAUUCACCAACGGUUACCGACCCAGCACCUCCUACUCCAGCCGCCGAUCGCCAGAACAACCCCAGCACCGGCACAAGAUGCGUUUGCAACUCUAUGAAUAAUGGCGGACAUUUAAUGAUCCAAUGUGACACAUGCGCGCAUUGGCUUCAUACAAAGUGUGUUGGGUUGGACCGGCAAAGGCUGCCGCCGGUUUACGUUUGCGUGUAUUGCACUCAGACGCCCAGCCGUGGCGUUCGGCUUCGUGAACCAUUUAGCAUUUCAAACUCGUCGCCGUUGGCGCGUAAAUCGUAUGGAGGGCGGUAAGAAAGCAUCAUCUAUGUUGCCCACAUCCCGUUGGUUGCGUUCCCUUUCCGCGCAAAAUAACUACAUGCAUAUCGAAUAUCUUAGCGCUUACUAGGCACUAAUUAGCGUCUCCUUUGUCGGAUAUACCAGUUACGUUAUGGAUCAGUUCCUAUACAAUCGAACUAAAAUUGCUCUCUUAAUGUCCUGUUGCGUC